AUGAAACUGCUACCAAAAAGAUUUAAUUUAUGGCAAAAAGAAUAUCUGACUGAUAUAAAUCGAAAUUUGAGGAGUUCUUCCGUUCGUUUUCCAAAAAUAGCUGUAACUAAUACCCCUAGCUUACUUUCGAUUGCCAAUAAUACAUUUAAAAGCAGAAGAUUCAUGUGUAAUUCAGGGAAAGAUGAUGAAUGCCAAAAGGAAGAUGAUUAUGGAAAACAUCAGUUUCACGAAGAAACGGAAGCCGUUUUAAACGAACAAGUUUUAUCAGAAUUCAUGGCAGCUUUCGAAUAUUUAUCUAUAGGGUAUUAUUUUGGCAGAACCGAUGUAGCCCUACCGGGUUGUCAGGGUUUUUUCAUGAAUAUGUACGAGGAGGAAUUAGGACAUGCGAAUAUAUUUUCCAACUACGUGUUGAUGAGAGGUGGUGAAGUGAAAAUUACCAAUAUAAAAAUACCUGAAAAUAAAAAUUGGACUGUUACCGAUGCGUUCCGUCAAGCAUUGAACAUGGAAAAGGAUAUAAAAGAAAAAUUAACGAACGUUUACGAUGUUGCCGAGAAACACAAAGAUCUUCAGAUUAUGGAUUUAGUAUCUACAGACUUCAUGGAAGAACAGAACAGAUCAAUUUGCGAAAUGGCAAGAUUAGUUACUAGAUCUAAAAUUACUGAUUCCAAAGUGGGUGAAUAUCUGUUUGAUCAAAUGAUAUUUAAAUCGUUCGUUAAGAAAGAAAAAGGAAACUUAAUGUAUAAUCGUCAAUUAGACCUAAUUGACGACAAAGACAAGCAGGGGAUAUAUAAAUGAAAGUAUUGUACUACAUUGUACUUUCUGUAAAGUAAAAAAAAUUCCAAGGUC